GGGUCUUUGUUACUGCUGAGGUCUGUUGACUUUGUGCAUGUUCUUUUUGAUUGCUGUUGUCAUAAUGAACUUCCAGGGGGCUCUAUUAGUCACACUUGUUGGAAUUGUGGCAUCUGCCCCAAUCUCAGACAAACUGGACAUUUUUAAAAAGGAGACUAUUCAACUGGCCCACAGUUUUAUCAACAAAAUUCUAGAAGAUACUCCUAAGGCUCAUGCAGCCUGGGUAAAUAGCAAGAGUCUGACUUUGGGCGACAACUCAACUAUACAACAGCUGGGGCUCUUGGAGGAAGAAAUGAUACCCUCUGACCCAGCUCUUCUUAACUUCUCCAGUAACUGCAGCAUGGAAACCUGCCUUGCACACAUAGUGAAGGGACUGCAACGACAUCUGAAUCUCCUGAAUGAAAUCAGCAAAAAACUGUCAAAGACAGACCAACUGAGUGAACUUAAAGCUGAUAUCCAAGAACUUCGUUCCCUAAUCAAAAAGUUGCAGAAACAGGCGGGUUUUGACCCAUCAAAGCAGGAAAAAGAUGAGCAGUUACAGACCCUCGUGCAUGAUCUGCACAAGCAUCUGACAAAUGAUUACUUAAUCCAUGUGGCGGCCCACCUCACCAUUCAACAGCUUCUGGACUUCAGCUGUGAAGUCCUCCGCAGUUUCCUUAGGAUUCGCAGAAUGACUUCUAACAUUUCCGUGGCAGAGAACCCUAAAACUGUGCACCUCUGCAGAAAUGCAGCAGGUCUAUGAAAAGCGUAGACUGUUAAGCCCAAAGUAUACUUGUGUUUUGAAACAGACGCAUAGCCUUUAAAAGUAUACUGUAAGCAAAAAACAAACAAACAGAUAUGUGUUUCAAGGUACACACUCAAAUUAUUUGUUGCUGGAAUCAUGUUACAUCAUCAGUCAGGCCAUGGAGGCACUGCAGGGUAUUUGUUGUCUUCAAAUUUUGCAUUUUGUUUAUUUAUUUAUCUAUUUAGUUAUCUAGUCUAUUUAUUUUAUAUUUCACUUCACAUUUUAUUUAUUAUUUAUUAAUUUAACACUUUAGGAACUCUCUUAAAAGGCUUUAUUCUUUGCAGUCUGCCUCAGAAAGCAAUGUAUAAUUUAACUCACUGUCAAAAUGUAUUAUUCAACUUUACUGUGUCAUACAAUAUGAGUGCAUGAACACGUCUAUAAGUUGCUAAAUGAGAUCAUGGUCGUUGGACUGAUCUCCUGAUCUCUGUGAAAACUACCUGCUGUAAUGUUCUGGUUUUUAUUUUUCAUACCCCUAAAUAUUACUUAUAAAUCUGAUAUCAGAUUUAAUUUAUGAAUAUGUAUUAUUUAUUUAUUUAUUUAUUUAACUGAAAAAUACAUGUAUUUAUUUUUGCCAUUAUUUGUUAUGUUUGGAAUGUCUGAAGAUGCUUUACAUUUUAACCAAAUAAAUUUUUUUUGA